AUGGUCAUGAGACUGAGAAUGGAUAUCGCUGAUUUAAAUCUUACUGACUUGUUCGUUGCUGAGAAGCGAGAUCAGAAACAGCAACAACAGGAGGACGCGACAGUAUCUUCUACAGCUCAUAUUGGUUAUGAUGAGAGACUCGAAAAUCUAUGGGCUAGGUAG